CCCCCCCCGAAUUCUUCAUCCCCUCUCUUGUCGCCGACCCCUGCCAGCACAUCCGAGCCAGCCUCUCCCCGGCCCUGCCCUCUCCCUCCGUGACUCCCUCCCCUCCUUUUCGCCUGCCUUGGAGAUCCCCUCGAUCACCAACGAAGAAAGGAUGGAUUUCUUCAGUUACGACAAGUCUAUUGGUUCGUCCUAUGCCCCGUAUCCCGGCCUGACUUCCCUUCUUUUCUUCUCCUUUUCACCAACCUUCCCCCUGCCGUACAACCCUGUUUGGAACUCCAGACCAAGCGGUCUCCAGUGAUUUGCGCGAGCCGAAUCUCAUGUACAACCUUGAGGUGUGCCAGCGGCUCGACAGCAAGGCCCUCAGUGCCAAGGAGUUGCGCCGAAAGCUCGUGCAGCACCUCCAGUCGGAGUCACAUCAGACGCGUCUCCUCUGCAUCGCUCUGAUGGACAUGAUUGCCAAGAACUGCGAUGUGACGAUUCGCACCGGCGGUCUACUUUCUAACUCUGUAUUGGAUGCGCUGGUGUCCCUCGCCGAGAAGAAGGUGACCUCCACCGACUCGCAGGUGGCCAACAAGGCUGUGGCCCUCUUUUUCGAGUGGAAUACCGCCUUCCGGGGCGAUCAGCUCUGCCGGACACUGAUGCAGCCCUUUGUUGAGCGCCUGGCGAACAUCGGCAUCCACCCGGCCUCUCACUCGUCGGGCAGCAACUACGCAGCAGCCAUCUACACUGUGAGCAAGCCCGCCCCCUUCGAAGAGGGCACCCAGUGCCGCCGCUGUCGGGUGUCUUUCACCCAGAUCACCCGUCGGCACCACUGCCGCCGGUGUCGCCUCAGCUUCUGCGGCAGGUGCUCCAGCAAGAAGAAGGUCCUCCCUGACCAUGGUGACACGCCUGAGCGCGUGUGCGACGGGUGCUUCGACGCAAAUGGCGAACCAGCCAGCGCCACUUCGGCCUACGCACGCAACACGCCGAAGCCCCAGACGAGCGCCCCCUUUUCGGAUGACUAUGAGGAGCGUCAGCUGCAGGAGGCCAUUCGUGAAUCGCUGCUGACCCAUGAGAAGAAGUAUGAGCCCCCUCGCUCCGGUGGGAUGGGCUCCUCUGACGCGCACUGGCAGAAGGCCUCCUCGACGUCAGCGGGCCAUUCCACCAGCGAGGAUGAGGAACUGGCCCGGGCGAUUGCCGCCUCACUCGCGGACCAGCAGCACAGUCACCGGCCCCCAGCCUCGGCUGGCCCAACAAAGCCCACCGACCCAGCCCCCACCUCCCACUCCUCGGCACAAGCCCCCUCUUCUUCUUCCUCCUCCUCCUCCUCCUCCUCCUCCUCGUACGGGCCAUACGGGACCCUGAAGCAGACCCCGGCCGCGGUUUCCGGCUCGCCGGUCCCAUCGCGCCCAGCGGCCCAGCCUGCGGCGGCCCCUCCCCCCACUCGCAUCGAGGGUGUCCUGACGGAAAGCGAACAGCGCCAUCUCUACCUCUUCUGCCAGAUGAUGGCCCAAGUGCGCGAGUCCAUUGAGGCAGACUCCAGCCCGCAUGCGCGGGCUGCUGCUGCCGCACAAAUUGCCUCCAAUCGUCGGAUGCAUACGCUCUUCACCUCAGUCAACGAGUUGUCUCCUGUCCUGCAGAAGACCGUCGACGAGCUGGAGGCGUGCCAUGCCAAGCAUCUGGAGUUGCUAAACAUCCAGCGCGAGAACUCCUCACAGGUGGCGCUCGUUGGUCAUGCGACACACCCGCAAAAGUAUCACCAUCACCCGGGCCAGGCUCCCUUCGACCAGGCCCAUCAGCAGCACCCGCACGCUCCGCCAGGGGUGCAUCAGCAGCACCAGUAUGCCCCGCCAGGGGUGCAUCACCCCCAUCAGCAGCAGCAGCAACAGCCAAUGGCGGCGCAUCACAUGCAUCCGGGCCAUCCGGCAGGUGGUUACCCCCAGCAGCAUCCCCACCCACAGCAGUAUCCGCAACAUCCCCCGCAGCAGUACCACCAGGGGCAAUACGGCAUGAGCCGACAUGUUUGA